UACGCGUCAAUACACUCUGUGCGCUUAGUAUCUCGCGGACGCGCCGGACGUGGAUUUAUGCCCGACAGGUCGUCUCGUCUUCGUCGUCGUCGGUUUUUUGAAAUAAAAUUGUUUUUUUUUAAAAAUACAUUCGACUCGUUGUGUUCAGAAUACGCAUUAUAUCGUGGUGUACAGUGUCGAAAAUUCACCCUAGACGAGCUGUGCGAUCGCGCGUUUAAUAAAAAAAAAGUGUGCGCUACGAAAAAUUGUCAUAUUUUUUUAAUUUCGAUAUUCCUCAUUAAGCGCCCAGUGCGGUCCGCGUGCGUGUCCCUCCGGCCCGGGGCACGAAACAAAUUUAUAUUUAAAUAUAUUAUUAUUAUUAUUAUACGUAAAUACGCGGUAUAUAAUAAUAUUGUAAUAUAAAUAUUAAAAUACGAGUGCGUUGUGUCCACGAACGCGAUGAAAAGCCGCUAUUACUUUCGAAUGCUGUAACAGUAAGCUCGAUUACCUUAAACUAUACUAUACCUAUAUAGAAAGCAAUUCAAGUUUAAAAAAAAUACGUUUAUAUAUUUUUUUUUGAAACACACACACUGUGAAACGAAAAAAAAACAUAAACGUGUUCCGGACGUCUACUCUGAGAGAAGAAGCAAUACGCGAUACUUGACAUAGGACUUUAUUGUUUUUAUCAUUCAUGCACCCGUUGCCGGAAACUUGGCAAAGGGUUUUCUUUUCGGUAUCUCCGGCAGUGGACGUUUGGAACGCGUUGUAGUAGACGGGAUAUAGUUUAUCGUUUUUUUUUCUGAAAGAAAUCCUCCUAAUCAACACCGUGCUAUUUGUGCCAUUAACGUACAAACUCCUUUAGACGACCACCCCCGAACAUCCCUUCAAAGCCGCGCACACAGUGUGUUUUUUUUCUUACAAUCGCCACCUUAAGCGAAAGAUCCGCGGCCGAUUUAUUUCUGUAAUUUCAGGUGAACACCGCCGAUAGUUGUUUUUUGUAUUGUUACUUUUAAUUUUUUAUCAAUAAUCGGUAAAUACAAAUGACUUUGUGAAAAAUAUCUAUUUUUUUUUUGUUUUUUUGUUAUAAUUUUUUCUCGGGGUGAAUGACCGUCGACGAGGACUCGCCCUUUAAUGAGCAACAGGGUAGAGUUUGACAUCCGUAAACGUCGUUCAACCACUGAUCAAACGCACCUGUUUAGGACACGGUGCGCGACCGCUUGUAGAAAAUUGCCGGCCACCCACAAGACUGCCAGUGCGGACGACGACCAACAGCCGUGGUAUUAUGCGAGUUGCAUAUGUGCCGCUGCCUCAUCGGUCGAGAUGAAAUCGUCCGAAGACAACAAGUACUGUGUCGGUCCUGACAAACCGCACAUUCCGGCCAACUCUUGGAAGAGUGCUGGAUGAUAGUAUCUCUCGGGGCAGCCAGUCUGUAGAACCACCCCAACUGGAUCCCGAGUGGCUGAGGGCGGAGACGAGCGGCGACCCCCUAAUGCGGCUGUCCAACGGCAGCGAAGGAACCACUGAGUCCAUGGUGGAGAUGUUGCAGUUCAACGAGCACUUCCUGGACGAGGACGGGGCGAAAUUCAUGCUGAACCCCGCCGAGCUGGACGACCUGUUGGGACGCGAUCAGUACGCGGCCGACGGCUCACCGGUGGUACCGUCGCAACAGCAGCAGCAGCCCAGUAGCCUCGAGCCCAACAACAAGCCAACAGCGAAUUUCGCCGACCUCAAGCCAUUGAUGCCGUUCCACACAAUCACCGAACGCGUCAACAUCAACGGCAUACCCGGUCACCAUUACCAGUCGAUAGCGGCCAACAAUCGAGUGGCCGAGAACAACAACAACAACACGGCCACGGCCAACAACAACAUGUAUUACCAAAACGAAUACCUCGUCACGUCGUCCACCAACGCCAACUUGCCCAAGUUCAAGGAAGAAGUAGACACGUUCGUAGACAAUCAAUUCGACGAAUUCGAGAUGUUAAUGAGAAGCCCGUCGUUCGGCCCCGACACCACGGUGACGGCUAGUGAUCACCCGGUGGACGGACCGGACGAGUGGCUCGGCGUCGCUGACGAAUGGCCGUCGUACGACCAUCCCAACGGAUCGCCGCAGGAUAACAAGGCCGGUAUUCUGGCCGACGUCACCAUCCACGAUUUAGUGGCCAGUUCGCAGUUCCCCGGUAUCCCCAACGGCGGCUACCAUCAGCAACCGAUGCAGAAACCGCUGUACCAACAGCAACCGCCACCGCAGCAACAACAACAACCGCAGCCCCGCGACAUGGUAACGUCCAACGUGCCGCCGGCACCACGACCCGGUGCCGCGGCUUUCAUGCCGCUGCUGCAGAAUCGCCUGCAAAACGGACCGGCCAAGGCGCCGCAGGACUAUCACAUGGACUGCGCGUCGUCGCCGUCGUCGUCGACGCCGUCUUAUUUGGCGCACAGUCCGACCAGUCACGUCGUCAGCACCACCGACCUGGGGUACAUACCGGCCGUACACAGUUCACGGCCGUCGCCGGAGUUCGCCCACACCACCACGCCCGGACAGGGCCACAUGGCCGUCAAGAAGUCGAGGAACAGGAGCAAGGCCAAAGGGAACGGCGGCAACGGAGGCAAUGGCGGUGCGGCCGCCAGGAGCACCGUGGUGUACUGUUCCGAUGGAAACGUAGCCCGCGAGCGGACCGUCCACAACUGUCAUAUAUGUAAUCGCGGGUUCCUGAACAAGAGCAACAUCAAGGUGCACUUGAGGACGCACACGGGAGAAAAACCGUUCCGGUGCGAUGUAUGCCAGAAAGCAUUCAGACAGAAGGCCCAUCUCAUCAAGCACGCGCAAAUACACAAACGCAGCGGCAGGGACUGAGACUCAAAGGUACCAAAAUAAUUACCAAUCGUUUGAAAAUCGUUUGUAAUAUUUGUUUAGUUGUCCCUCCUUACUCUCUCACUUUCUCACAUAAUAUAUUUUGCUUGUGAAUUCCAUUUAAAAUCAUGUGACCAAAGAAAUUGAACGAAUCAUUACGAUUGUACGACAAUAAUAAUUAUUGUUGUCGGUUCUGGUCGCGGAGUCUUUUUAAACAUUUUUUUUUUUUUAAACGAUUCGCUUAUGUACAUUUUCAUUUUGACAAGAAAUCGGUUAAAGCCCCGGGGAAACCGUCGAAUCUCAAGUGUUGUUUUAAUAGAUUUGUAAUAACCAAACGCGUUUUCAUUAAAGAAACUCCACGAUUAUUAGUUUUUAAAAAGAAGUACAAAAAAAAAACUUUGUUUUGUGAAUAAUUAUUUUACUGUUUAUAUGUUAUUUUGUGGAUGUGUCAAUGACCACACAACAAUUAAGAAUGCAAUUAAGUUGUUUACAAUAUUAAUAUUUAAUUUUAACGAUUUGUUUUUUUCUUUUUUUUUUUGUUAUUUAUUCGACGUCCUCGGUCAUCUGCUAAUUUAUUAUUUUGUGUCACACUCAAACAACGAAUUUACGAAUUGACUUAUUAUUAUUUUUAUUUAUUUAAUUUUUUUUUUUUACAUAUCAACUUCAGUACGAAUUGUUUUCCAUUAAUUUAUUAUUAUUGCACCGGGGACGUUAUAAUUAUUUUGUAUUAUUAUUAUUUUAUUUUUAUUAUUAUUAUUAUUAUUAUUAAUAUUAUUAUUAUUAUCAUCAUUUUAAUAUUAUUAUUAUUAUUUUAUCAUUAUUAUUAUUAUUAUUAUUAUUAUUAAUAUUAGCAUUGAGUAGUUUUAUUAUUCACUUGCAAUUUGUUCUAUGAAUCACACUGCUACUUAUGCUUUUGUACAUAAUUAAUUUAUAUAUUUAAACAAUAAAACAGCCGUGGCGUACAGUUUAAAUUUAAUAUUUCUAUAAAUUAUUUUUGUAAUUUAUGUGUGUUUGACGAAAAACCCUUUACGCCACGUUCUAAUUCGUUUCUGUGUACUUAUAACGCGCUUAUAUACAUGUAUAGCUACAACUAGACUUUGUUUUGUACUUAUUUAUUUUGUAUUUAAAUUAUUUAGUUUAUUAUUACUUGAUUUUUUAUUAUGUAAUCGGCAAGUGCUUUUUUUCCCCCAUUACCCGUAUAGUAUUUAAUAUCUCAAUAGUCGUUAAUUUAUUGUACUGUACUUUUGGUUGUAAGGUUAAAAAAAUAUGUGCAUGUUUUAUCGUUUUUUUUUCUUCAUUUGUUAGACCUACCGCGGUUCUUGAUUUUUGUUUUUAUACAAUAGAAAUAUAUAUAUUAUAUAUAAAAUCUAUGUUAUAUAAUAUGAAUAAAU